CCCAGACUCAUGAAAGCACAAUCACAUCAUUUACUACCAAGUACAUUUACUUAUUUACUACCAAGAUCCAUCUGCCUUGAUAUAAAUUACACACAUAAUUAAAAGUUAAUAAACGCUGAGAUUCUCACUCACUUGUCUUGCAUCAAGGAUUUUCACUGUGAUAUUUUUAUUUGAUUGGAAGUAGAGCUCUCUUUCGAAAGAUGCAGAUGAGCUAUAUGCUGUUUUGGGUCUCUUUGUGUGUCCUGUCCCCUCAAUUGUCACAGACACAUGGGAUGAGGCUUAGGGGUUUAGAGAAAAGAGGAUGGACACUGAACAGUGCUGGAUAUCUACUUGGACCUUCACUCGAUUUGCCUAAAUCGUCACAUCCAGAUGCACACAGAACGCUCACUGUACGACAUGGAGGCAGUGUUGGCAAACGGGAGAGCACAGAGGACUUUGUCCUGCCAACACCUCAGCCUUCAUAUAACGAGUCAUAUCUCCAUGCACUCAUAGAAUUUUUAACGUAUCUACGCAUGAAAGAUAAUAAAAGCAUAGAAGAAGUGAUCAGCUCUACAUUUACUGAUGACGGGACAUGAUAGAAGAAACGGCUUUUGUUAACAUUUUGCACUGGGCCAACACCUUGCUCCACAUAUAUACACUGGAGUUUCCACUUUAAAUGAUAAUAGCUUUUAUAUAACGCUCUUGUUUGCAGAAUAAUUAUGAGAAGGUAUUUAAACGGCAUUAAACAUUAAAAACAAAUAUCUUACUCCUUCUUUAUCAGUGCUACUCGAAUAAUAAACCUAGUAGCAUUAGUAGUUAUGUGUUAGUAACUGACUUUCAGUUCCCAUAUCCAUUUCUUUUCUUACAGCUACCUUAGAUUGAUUGCAGUUAAUGAAAAGAUGUAUCCUGUAUCCUGAUAGCACAUCAGUCUGCAUAUAAAUGUCAAUAAAUGAAGAAAAAUGAUUAUACCAGAUAUAUUGAGAUGAUAGAUGAUAUGAACAGCAGCAUGAAAUUUUGGAACCUGUAAAAUCUGUCUGAAAUAAAUAAAAUUGUGUAAUUAUAUAGUGUACACAUGUGGACAUAUGUAUUUUGUAACCUGUCUUAAUUAAAAGAAAUCUGUAUUAAAACUUUCUUCAGCUCUGAGUGUUUCGUCUGAAAUGACACAUGCUUUGGAUACUGAUGAUCUUGAUGUAUGAAGAGAAUUUGUUCUUAUUUUUAAAAAAAGAGGAACAGAGUAUGCAUGCUUGACUACCACAGCAUAAAAUCAUAGUUUAAAGCUGGAUGGUUUACGCAGUGAUCAAAUUGCCCUGAGACAUAAUAUUUAAGCAGUAUUGUUCUAGUCAAAAUACAUAUAAAUGAAUAACGUAAACGUAAUUGCUUUAAAUGCCUAACCAUGUAAACAAAAUCUGCACAUUUGUCAACAUACUUGAUUACUUCUAGUUGUAAUGAAUCUAAUUCUAAAUCUCUUGAUUGUAUGCUUUCAAU